UACGGUAACGUGGACCCGGCGGUGGCAGCUCGGCCGGUGUCAGGUGAUCGGCGCCGAGGAGCCGCCGCCGCCCGGGAGGAAGAUGCAAGAUGGCCCAGCGGGGCCGUGAGGGGCUCCGCGGCGCCCCUUCCCCGCCCGCCGCCUGCCUGGCCGGCGGGAAGCGCUGAGGCCAGCCCCGCCGCGCUACAGCCCGUCCCCGGCGGCGGCACCGAGCCAUGGGGCUCUGCUACAGCCUGCGCCCGCGGCUCUUCGGCGACGCCGGCGGCGGCGGCUCCAUCUCCAGCGCCGGCGCCGCCUCGGAGCCCGAAGUGCCGGCGGAGCCUCACGCCGCCCCGCAGCCGCAGCCUCUUGGCGUCCCGCUCCGGCCCGGCGGUAAGCCCGGCGGGGAGGCGGACGGGCCGCCGCUGCUGCUGCAGAACGGCGGCGGCGGCAACGGGGCGGCCCCCGAGCGGCAGCCGGCGCUGCCCAAGGCCGGCGGCCCCGGCCUGGGCGGCGGGGGGAAGGCGGCGCGGCAGCAGGCGCUGCACCAGCCGCCGGCGCUGCAGAGGACCUGGGAGAAGCUGCGCCUGGAGGAGCGGGAGGCGGAGAAGGAGGCGAGGAAAGUCAGCAAGAGCAUCGACCGGGCGCUCAAGGAGCAGAAGCGGGAGUACAAGCAGACGCACCGCCUGCUGCUGCUCGGGGCUGGUGAGUCAGGAAAAAGCACUAUUGUGAAACAAAUGCGAAUCCUACAUGUCAAUGGAUUUAAUUCAGAAGAAAAGAAACAGAAAAUACUGGAUAUUCGGAAAAAUGUUAAAGAUGCGAUUGUGACUAUAGUUUCAGCAAUGAGCACUUUAAUACCCCCAGUUCCAUUGGCCAACCCAGAAAACCAAUUUCGAAUGGACUACAUCAAGAGUAUAGCUCCUCUUUCUGACUUUGACUAUACACAGGAAUUCUUUGAACAUGCAAAAAAGCUCUGGGAUGAUGAAGGCGUAAAGGCAUGCUUCGAGAGGUCAAACGAAUAUCAACUGAUUGACUGUGCACAGUACUUUUUAGAAAGAAUUGACAGUGUCAGCAUGGAUGACUACACACCCACAGAUCAGGACCUGUUAAGAUGCAGAGUGUUGACAUCAGGAAUUUUUGAAACAAGAUUUCAAGUAGAUAAAGUAAAUUUCCACAUGUUUGAUGUAGGUGGCCAGAGAGAUGAGAGAAGAAAAUGGAUCCAAUGCUUUAAUGAUGUCACAGCUAUCAUCUUCGUUGUGGCUUGCAGCAGCUACAACAUGGUAAUAAGGGAAGACAAUAACACAAAUAGACUACGGGAAUCCCUGGACCUUUUCAAAAGUAUCUGGAAUAACAGGUGGUUACGGACCAUUUCUAUCAUUUUGUUCUUGAAUAAACAGGACAUGCUGGCUGAAAAAGUCUUGGCAGGGAAAUCAAAAAUUGAAGAUUACUUUCCUGAAUACGCGCAUUAUACUGUACCUGAGGAUGCAACACCAGAUGCAGGAGAAGACCCCAAAGUCACAAGAGCCAAGUUCUUCAUCCGGGAUGAGUUUUUAAGGAUAAGUACAGCAAGCGGAGAUGGCCGGCAUUAUUGCUACCCACACUUUACAUGUGCAGUGGACACAGAAAAUAUCCGCAGAGUGUUCAACGACUGUCGAGACAUCAUUCAAAGGAUGCAUCUCCGCCAGUACGAACUCUUGUGAGGGGGAUCACCGUGGAACCUGUGGUUUUAAAUUCUUUGCUCCUUACUCUUUCUCUUGAUACUACCCCACACAGGGUGGAAGAAUAUACUAUAGAAAUGUCAGUCUCUUCACUUUGUUUACUUUAAUUAUUUAACCUUAAAGCUGA